AUGAAAUGUAAAGAAGAAUAUACUUUACCUAUAAAAUGGAAUGAACAUGCUAUAUGUAUUAAUUUCAUACGUGAAAUAGACAGUAUUGUUAUUCGAAUUGAUAAUCUUAAUGCCGGAGAAAAACGCGAACACAAGGUCUGGAAAACUGAUGACCAAUUUCUGGUGUUAAUUCCGAAAAUAAUCGGAGAAAUACCAUUGAAGAAACUCGAUGAUAACAGAGAAUAUUUCCUAUCAUUAAUACGUAGUAUGAAAACGACAUUGAAUCGAUCAAAUGGAAUGAAAAUAUUCUAUCAUAAUGAUGAUUUGAAAUAUUUGGAUACAAGUCGAAUAGCGAUGUUCACUGAGCAAUUAAUGGAACAAUCGAGAAAUCUGAAAUGUUUUAUACAACAAGCAGAAAGUAAUUGUUUUAUCAAAUCUCAUGAGCCUGGUUUUGCCAUACGUUCCAAUGAUUAUAAUAUAUAUCAGCAAAUCAUUACUAUCCUACGAGUGUACACAAUGAAACUAACGACAAAAGAUAUUUUGAGCGAACGAAAUCAACUCGAGCAAUUAUUGAUUAAAUAUUGGCAAAAAGAAGCAACUAUAGAUUAUAGAAAAAUUCAGCAAUUACUCAUAUGUUUAGAAAAUUCACAACAAAAUGAUCUUCUCACUUGUGCUAAAAUAUCUGAUGAUGAUCUUCAACUUCACGAAGAGAUUGGUUCUGGAGGCUUUGGCAUAGUGUAUCGAGCUACAUGGCUAAGUCGACACUUUAUAGUGGCUGUUAAAAAAUUAUGUUUAAAUCAUUUGAAUGAGAAAGCUGAGAAAGAUUUCAUCAAAGAACUUACAAUGAUGAAUCGUAUUCGUUGUCCAUACAUUGUCAGUUUUCUAGGUGCAUGUAUAGACAAAGGAAAAUAUGCAUUAAUUAUGGAAUAUAUGUCGUUAGGAUCGUUGUAUAAAGUGUUACAUGAAGAUCGCUUGCCAUUGACAUGGUCUCAACGAAUGUCCAUUGCUUUACAAUCAGUUAAAGGAAUCAAUUAUUUACAUCAAUAUCAGCCAGCAAUUCUGCAUCGUGAUGUCAAAUCAUUGAAUUUUCUAUUAGAAAAAGCUCACGAUGGAUAUACUACUAAAGUAUGCGAUUUUGGCUUGUCUUUAACACGAAAUGAAACAUCACGACAGACAAAAUCUAGUCAUACUUCAUUCGUCUAUACAUUGCAAUGGACUGCUCCUGAGAUCCUUCGUUUAGAACCAUACACAGACAAGAGUGAUAUUUACAGUUUGGGUGUUGUUUACUGGGAAUUGGUCACAAAUCAAAUACCAUACAGCGGUUACAAUGAUAGCGUUGUUCGUGAAUUUGUACUGGCUGGUGAACGUUUGAAAAUAUCAGAGGACAUCCCAUCAAGUUUUCGUACAAUUAUCGAAAAGUGUUGGGCUCAUGGGCCGAAUAAUCGACCAUCUAGUUCCUCUCUUAUUCAAUCGAUCAUAGCGUGUAUAAAUAAUGCUCAAACGUAUGAUGAUCAUUCCAAUUCUGUAUCAUCGUAUAUAAAACCGAUAAAGAAGAAUAAUGUACAGAGUGAAUCUCUGUCAGAAACACGACCAGCUUACCAACGUCCAUCAUCAAUAUCAACACAGAAAUACAAUCGUCCUUCUACUGACAAUACUAUUCCGCCAUCUUCAAUGGCCAAAGGAGAUCUAUUUAAGAAAAUAAUGUCGAUGAUGAGUGCACCAACUCGAUCGGAAGAUGGACGCUUAAUGGACGAAGAUGGAUACUACAACGAAGACGGUUCUCGAAGUUGGGUGUGA